AUGGCUGCACGGGGGCUGGAAUGCAAUGACAGGCCGGAUUGGCGGCAGUGGAGUCUCAGAUGCUUCCCCAAACAAGCACGACAGGCCAACAUGGAGCAGGCACUGCGAGCAGUGGCCGUGAUGCUAGCAGAGCUUGCAGGGCAUCGCGACGGUAUGCCACCCUUCACAGGCAGACAUGAAGGGCCAAGCGACAUCUGCAGCUGCCACUUUUUCUGGUUUGCUCUCCUCAAGGAACGAGUCGCAACAAGCCGGUUUGCCUCUGGGUCAGACUCGGCGCGCGGCAAGCGAAUGCCCAAAUGGCCCAAAUGGGCAAGUGCCAAGGAAGCAUCUGUCAGAAGCAGCAUGAGCUGA